AUGGAUUCCUCCAUUCGCUCCUCCGUCAUAAUCAUCGGCGCCGGAAUCUCCGGUAUUUCUGCUGCCAAAGUAUUGGCCGAGAACGGCGUAGAGGAUAUACUAAUCCUUGAAGCUUCAGACCGAAUCGGCGGCAGGAUCCGUAAGGAAUGUUUCGGUGGCGUGUCGGUGGAACUCGGUGCGGGAUGGAUCGCCGGCGUCGGAGGCCGAGAAACCAAUCCUGUUUGGGAACUCGCCGUUGAACAUAAUCUUCGAACAUGCUUCUCCGAUUAUAGCAAUGCUCGCUAUAACAUCUAUGAUCAAAGUGGAAAGUUAAUUCCGAGUGGAAUCGCUGCUGACUCGUACAGAAAAGCGGUUGACUCAGCGAUCCAGAAAUUGAGGAACGAAGAAGAUGAAUCCAUCGAUGACACGAUUCCUCUUUCGACGCCGAAGACGCCGGUAGAAUUAGCCAUUGAUUUCAUUCUGCAUGAUUUCGAAAUGGCAGAAGUGGAACCAAUAUCUACAUAUGUAGAUUUUGGGGAUAGAGAGUUUCUGGUAGCGGACGAAAGAGGGUACGAUUACUUACUAUACAAAAUGGCUGAAGAUUUUCUCUUCACAUCAGAGGGUAAAAUCUUGGAUGAUCGUCUCAAACUCAACAAGGUCGUCCGGGAAUUGCAACAUUCAAGGAGUGGUGUUAGGGUGAUCACGGAGGAUGGUUGUGUUUAUGAAGCCAAUUAUGUGGUUCUGUCUGUUAGCAUUGGUGUUCUCCAAAGCGACCUACUUGACUUCAGUCCACCCUUACCUAGGUGGAAAUUGGAUGCCAUCGAGAAAUGUGAUGUAAUGGUGUACACCAAAAUCUUCCUGAAGUUUCCCUAUAGGUUUUGGCAAAGUGGACCCGAAAAGGAAUUCUUCAUCUAUGCUCACGAGCGGAGAGGCUAUUACACAUUUUGGCAGCACAUGGAUAACGCAUAUCCUGGCUCCAAUCUCUUAGUCGUGACUUUGACAAAUGGAGAAUCAAAACGCGUGGAAGCUCAAUCUAACAAUGCCACCUUGCGAGAAGCUAUGGCGGUGCUCAGGGAUAUGUUCGGACCCGACAUCCCGGACGCCAUUGAUAUACUCGUUCCCCGCUGGUUUAAUAACAGGUUUCAGCGUGGCAGCUAUAGCAACUACCCUAUUAUCGCCAAUCGUAAAGUUUUUCAUAAUAUUAAGGCUCCUGUCGGUCGCAUUUUUUUCACCGGAGAGCACACCAGUGAAAGAUUUAAUGGCUAUGUUCAUGGCGGAUAUCUCGCAGGUAUUGACACAGGGAAGGCCUUAGUAGAAGAAAUAAGGAAGGAGAAUGAAAGAGAAAGUGAUAACCAAACUCUAUUGUUGGAGCCUUUGCUAGCAUUGACAGGAUCAUUAACAAUGUCAAAGCCAGAAACAGUCUCGAAUAUCCACAAAUGCGACAUUCCUACACAAUUAUAUCUCAGUGGCAAGCUUGGGAUCCCAGAGGCCAUAUUAUAA